UUCGGAGCCAAAAAGUGCCAUCAGAAGUACUUGAUCAAUCGCCAAAGUAGUUUAAGAAGUGGUUUGAAUCUCUGGCAGACUUCACUUUCCGGCUCGUCUCUUCCAACUCAAGAUGAUGACCUCUGUGCGUCUUCUUCUUCUCGUCUGUGUCGCCAGCGUCCUCCUUGGACUACUGACGGCUACUGAAGACGUCGGUCACAGACGUCAACAACGGUCCUUACUGGCGUCAGAUGAUGAGGUGAUAAACCAUGCCAAAUACCCACUCAAGAACGCCUCGCUAGGUCUGGACAUCAAACACAUACGCAAAGGCAUGGACGCCCUACUGUCCUGGAGAGGCACCGUCACCAACUACUUCCACCACCUCAAGACGCAACAGCACGUCGUGGUCUCACGCGUGGAAGAGGCUUUUGAGAAGAUGGAGGAAAAAGAAAACGUCAUCCCAAGAAGGGACUACCUUUUGGAAACAAUGUCGGAACAGCUUCUCCUGAUCACCACUCGGCUGAACAAACUUGAGCAAGGGCUUCAAGAUGUGUCAUUUUCUAUUCAGGAAUUGUUUGACCAAAGGACGAAGGAGCAAAUAGCGGAAAACCUCGCCGAAGCAGAGGACAGUGCAAUUGUGUAUCCAAAAGCUGCCUUAAUUGCGACAGAGAGACAAGAUAUAAAUAGCAAAAGCUCAUAA